ACCGUGCAGCCAAUCUGCCAAGUCCAAUAGGAGAUCAUAGGAGGGGGUUUGACUAGCUUUUUCUCCCCCCUCCCUUAAAAAUACAUCUCGGCUCCGGCUUUAAUUCUUCUCUGCAUUCAGUCCCAGGCUACCUUGAAAAAUACACCACCGAUCGGGCUUUAAAGGUUCCUGCUUCCUCGGCCAGUUGCUGCCCGCCAAGUUCGCCGCGGCUGAAGAUGCGGUAGCCGAGGCCCCGCACAGCAUCUUCCCAUCUCAGCGGCAUUCCCCUCGGCUGCUCAGAAGGUUGAUCUGCUAACUUUGGGAUUUGGCUUUUUUUUUUUUUUUUUUUUCUUCUGGUUUUUUUUAUUUUUUUAUUAUUUUUUUUCUGGUGCCUUGGAUUGCCUUGGCGCACGGAGAGAAGGCGCCGAGGAGAUAGAAAGAGAGAGAGGAACGGAGAAAGGAGGGGGAGAGUGGAAACCCAGCAGAAGCCUCCAUGUUUCAGCUGCCCAUCCUGAAUUUCAGCCCCCAGCAGGUCGCCGGGGUCUGCGAGACUCUGGAGGAAAGCGGGGACGUCGAGCGCCUCGGCCGCUUCCUCUGGUCUCUCCCUGUGGCACCGGCGGCCUGCGAGGUCCUCAACAAGAACGAGACAGUGCUGAGGGCCCGGGCAGUGGUCGCCUUCCACACCGGCAAUUUCCGUGAACUCUACCACAUACUGGAAAACCACAAGUUCACCAAAGAGUCGCACACGAAGCUGCAGGCGCUGUGGCUCGAAGCGCACUAUCAGGAGGCUGAAAAACUGCGGGGCCGCCCGUUGGGGCCCGUGGACAAAUACCGGGUGCGGAAGAAGUUCCCCCUGCCCAGAACCAUUUGGGAUGGAGAGCAGAAGACCCACUGCUUCAAGGAGAGAACACGGCACUUGUUAAGAGAGUGGUAUUUGCAAGAUCCUUACCCGAAUCCCAGUAAAAAGAGGGAGCUUGCACAAGCUACUGGACUCACACCCACACAAGUGGGAAACUGGUUUAAAAACCGGAGACAAAGAGACAGAGCGGCGGCUGCAAAGAACAGGCUACAGCAGCAGGUUCUGUCCGGCGGCUCGGUUCGCUCCUUGGUGGACGAGGACGGCACGGUGGACCGCCUGGGGAACUCCUCCAGUCCGGAGGCCAGCCUGUCCAGCAAAGCGGCCGCCUCGGCCAUCUCCAUCACCUCCAGCGACAGUGAAUGUGACAUCUGACGGACGCACCAGAGCGAACUGACCAAUAGAAGGGGAAAAAGACAAUCUAAUAAAACAAGUAACAGUGCCUGCGUCGAGUUAAAAACACACACAUAAAUACCCACACUGAUUUCUGACGGCUGCCAAAAGUUGAUGCAACCCGCGAUCAGUGGGUGCCCUUUCAGACCCAUAGCCUACUUUUAUUUGCGUUUGAUCCAUGCGUGGAAAACUGACAACGGACAUUUUAUGGACUAGUAACGCUUGAAGACGAAACCUUAAAAAAAAGUGCAGACGUAUAUACAAAAAGAAAGGGAAGAAAAAAAGGAUGAGGUGUCCAAACUGGUCUGACCUGCUGUUCUCUGUGGGUAUUUCAUGUUGAAAAGAAGAACUGUGAUAUUUUUACUUUAAAGUUUUAUAAAUAAUGUUUAUUUGCUUAUUUAAAAUGAUCUGCUCUAUUGUCUCUUGGAAUUUCAUAUUCAUUUGCUUGGUGUUUUUAAUACAUACCUUGUACACAGGUGAACCUGUUGAGCAUGCGCGCUUUAGUGACUUUGUGUUUCAGUAAAAAAAAAAAAAGGAAAAGAUAACUUAAUAAAACAACUGUUGA